AGAGCGGCUGCCGCAGGCAGCAGGGGCGCGGGCGCGCGAGAAGCCGGCCGAGGCGAGCGCGCGCUCGUUCCCAGCCCACAGCCCGGGAGCGGCUCGCGGCCGGCUCCGCGCUGCAUCGCUGGGUGCAGCGCAUCGCAGCUCCACCAUCUUUCGGCAUCCGAAGGGCCGCGGCAGGUCAGGACAAAGUGGUGUGGGCAGGCCACUGGGCCGGCUGGUGCCAUCAUGGCGGAGAAAGUGAACAACUUUCCACCGUUGCCCAAAUUCAUCCCCCUGAAGCCAUGUUUCUACCAAGACUUCGAGGCAGACAUCCCUCCGCAGCAUCUCAGCAUGACUAAGCGUCUCUACUACCUCUGGAUGUUGAACAGCGUCACGCUGGCCGUGAACCUGGUGGGCUGUCUCGCGUGGCUGAUCGGAGGCGGGGGAGCCACCAACUUUGGCCUCGCCUUUCUCUGGCUCAUCCUCUUCACACCUUGCUCCUACGUCUGCUGGUUUCGGCCCAUUUACAAAGCCUUCAAGACUGACAGCUCCUUCAGCUUCAUGGCAUUCUUCUUCACCUUCAUGGCUCAGCUGGUCAUCAGCAUCAUCCAGGCUGUGGGCAUUCCAGGCUGGGGCGUCUGCGGCUGGAUCGCCACUAUCUCCUUCUUCGGAACGAACGUUGGCUCAGCGGUGGUGAUGCUCAUUCCCACUAUCAUGUUCACAGUCGUGGCUGUCUUUUCCUUCAUUGCCCUCAGCAUGGUUCAUAAAUUCUACCGUGGCAGCGGAGGGAGCUUCAGCAAAGCCCAGGAGGAGUGGACUACGGGGGCAUGGAAGAACCCACACGUGCAGCAGGCGGCCCAGAAUGCAGCCAUGGGGGCCGCACAGGGUGCCAUGAAUCAGCCGCAGACCCAGUAUUCCACCACUCCCAACUACACAUACUCCAAUGAGAUGUGAACCAGCCAAGCCUACUGGCUGGGGUCCAGUGGGACGGGGCUUAAGCCACAUUGUCUGUGUGUGGUGACCAAGCAGGGUUCCCCCUUCCCUUUUCUCCUCCCCUACUUUGUACAAAGAAUCGGAGUUAUAUAUAUAUGUGUGUGUAUAUGUCUGUCCCCUCCUCCCACCCUUUGGAUUCUGCUCUUGGCACUCAGAGCAGUGGGCUGCACGUGGAGCUGUCCAUGGGGUGGUAGCUGUGUCCAUGUCCCCUUGUGAAAUAGUGUGCAGUGGAGGUCUCUGUUUUUGUGGUGCUAGAUGUGUGUUUAGAACUAAACCAGCCCCCCACUCUCCACCAGGAUGCCCCCUCUAAUACUGGCCCAGGGACUCCUCAUGGGAAAGGGUUAUGAAUUGAACCUGUUUCCACUUCUGGUCUUGCUGGGAAGCAACAAUAUUUAGCAUUCAUGGUGGUAUGUGGUGGUGGUAUGUGGGAGGGUGGAGACAGGUAGGGGAUCUUCCCUUGCUCUUUCUGGAUCAUCCAGGUUCUCCCCCACCCCCAAGCCUCCUCUUCCUCUCCCAUCCCCUCUUUCUUGCUCUCAGAUUCCCUGUGGUAUCUCCCCUUGCCUGGGGUCUUCCCCAUGUGGAUUUCUUUGUCUUCCUUAAAGCUGAGUGCCCUGGUAGUAUCUGCUUCCAAGACCAAGUCCAUUCUCCAGGUGAAGGAAGCUGACAGGGGAGUUGAAACUUAGCCCUGAUGUGGAAGGGACACAGAGCUGGAGAUGCAGAGCCCACCUGGGGUACCUGAUUCCCAAGGAAUGGAAAGGCAGGGGCAGGCUCCUUGAUUGAGAGCUUGGCCUUCAGAGCAGACAUUUCUUUGCCCUUCUCUGUCUCUGUCUUCUCCUUCUUCUCUCCCUAUAACCCCCUGGAGUCCCUCUGCCUAUGUUCCUCCCUAUCCCCCCAGGCCAGUUGCCCCCUCCUACCUUGCCCCCACCACAUCCCAGGUACAUCCACAUGGGCAGACUCCUCUGCCUUCCCCAGGGAGUUGGUGGGAUCCAGGCAGUUGUCAGGUAUAAACGGACAGCUGGAUCAGAGACAUGUAAAUAAUUAUGGAACCCUGGAUGAGGUCUGGAUGGCCCAGGCCUAGUGGGCAGGUUCUAGGUAUCUCUGAGUGACCAUUGGAUUCCUGGGAGCAGUAGCUAUCUUGCUUGGGUAGAAGGGAUGGGGCUCAGGGCGAGGCCUGGGGAGAAGGCCAGUGGAGAAGGCAGGCAGGGCCACUGAGGAGGAGCAUGCCUCCUCUACCUGCUCUUGGUCACAGGACAGUUCUGGGUAUUUGAAUUCAAAGCCCAGGAAAGAAGCACAGGCCUAAUCCUAGCCACAAGCACAAUGGCUUGAAUGGGAUUUCAUGAUAGGCAGGGUGGCAGGGGGUUCUCUGGCUUUUGUUUUUUUAAAUCAAGAUAGCUUGCUCCCCUCUGCCCUCUGGACUUGGUUCUUGGCCCUUUCUUGCCCUGUCAGAGCCUCUGCCCCUUCCAGGAAAGCCAUUUCAGGCCCAUGGGGCUGUUCUGUUUGAAGCAGUGUGAGAACAUUGCUGGUAGAGGCCCUGGCUCAGUCCGAGGCCUGGAGGGGAACAGGGCCCCCAUUCCCUACUCUCAGUUCAUGCCUCCUCCCUUUCCUGAAAGAAACCCACUUGACUAUUUGGUCUGAAAAAACAAAUCUUGAUUGGCUACUCUGGGUGGGCUUCAGUUUGGAACCUGACACCUGGGCUUUCAGAUGUCACCCUGAGAUUUGAGCUCCAGGUACUUCAGUUCUCUGUAAAGGGAGCUCAGGGGUCCUGGAAAGUUCUCUUCCUAAUGGUCUCUUUAACUUGGGCCACAAGAAGUGUGAUUGGUUCUCUCCCCUACCACUUUCCCUCUGGAAAGCAGUUGUCACAUCCUGUGGUACCUGAAAAGGGACGCUAAGUCCAAGUCCUCCCUUCUGUUUCCUCUCCCCGACCCCAGACCUCUGACUGCUUUUCCCUUAGUCUCUUUGGUGGCUCCAGGAGGCCUGGGGUCCAGCUGCCCACCCAGUAUCCAUGACCCGUUGGGUGCCAACUUCAAUUGAUUUCCUACCCUACCUGUCUUUCCUUGGUUCAGGCCUGUAUGGCCAUGCCCUGGCUCCACCCUUGGGAAACCUGUUACCUGUAUGUGGCCAGCUUGCCCAGGCCCUGGGAUGCUGCAUCUCCAGGCAACUAUGCACUUUCCUGGGGAGGGGACCAGUAUAAAAAUGGAGGGUGGGCACAGAUUAAUCUCUGCUGGAUGGCCGGGCUUGGGGGUGGAGUGGGACAGAGCCCAGGUCAGUUCUGGGGACCCUGAGGUCUAUGGCCAGCCACUGACCCGCUUUUGCAUUCUCCUGGUGCCCACUGCCCCUCCUUGUUUCUGGGAGACACAGACCAUUCCCCAGCUGGCAGCUGACUUGCCUGAGCCAGCGCGUCUGUCCAUGGUAACUGAGUGAACCAUAAUAAAGGGGAACAUUUGGCCCUGUG